UGUGCAGCUCUAGGCUGGUUUCUGGGGCCAUUCCAGAAGCAAAACUUACUAAAAUAUAAAUUGCGUAGUACACUGGUUGGUUUACGAAAGCCGUAGGUCUGUGCUCAAAGGCUUUGCUGCACGUGUGGAUUUUGUUCAUUCACUUCAUUGAGGUGAAAAUGAAGGCAAAAAAAGAAAAGGAACUUAGGCCUUCCUUUAAACUGAGACAAAAAGGAAUUAAAGUACUUGGAAAAUGGAAAAAUGUGGAAAUUGAUCCCAAUCUAUUUGCUGACGAGCAGUUUAAAGACAUAGUUUGCUUGGAGGAACUCACAGACUAUAAAUUGGUGAGUUCCUCCAAAGUGGUGAAGGUAAAAGGGAAGAAGAGAAAAGCUGAUAAUGCUUCUGAAGAAGAGACGGAGGAGGAGGAAGAGCCUGUUGUCACUCCCAAAAAGAGAAAGAAAAAGAAAGCUUUGAGUGCCAGGGUGGUUCCAAGCACAAGUGGAGACCCUGAUGGAGCACAUGUGGAUGUGCCAGCUGAUAAAGAGGACCAGUGUGAAGAAGCAGUAAAAGAAGAGAACUGUGAGGACCAUGGACAUGUGGCUGAGAAUAUGUCAAGCACAAAAAGUGCUUCAAAGAAAAAGAAGAAAAAGAGAGUUAAGCAGAAGACUCCUCAAACUCAGGAAUCUCUUUCAACAGUAACUACUUCUAAAAAAGUUAAAAACUGGACAACAAAAGUGUUAUCUGCGUCAGCUGAUCACAAAGCUGAUGUGUCUGCCUGGAAGGACCUGUUUGUGCCUGGACCGGUGCUGCAGGCCCUGAGUUCCCUGGGGUUCAGUGCUCCGACUCCUAUCCAAGCACUAGCCUUGCCCUCUGCCAUCCGGGAUAACAUGGAUGUUCUUGGCGCUGCAGAAACAGGAAGUGGCAAAACACUUGCAUUUGCAAUUCCUAUGAUUCACUCUGUGCUGGAAUGGCAAAAAUCAAACAGCUUGAUGAGCAGGAAUGACGGUGAUGAUAAAGAGUCCCAGGGGGAGGAGGAGGAGGAAAUAGAAGAAUUAACCCAUCAACAGGCUGAAGACAGUGGAGAUGAAGAUGGUGCAACCUUCAAGAAAGGCGAUGUGAAGGUGCCGAAAAAUACCGAUUUUGACUCUGUGGACAAGACACAAACUCUUGGCUCUCGUAGGAAGAAACCUCUUUUAGGACUGGUCCUUACUCCCACAAGAGAAUUAGCCGUUCAAGUGAAACACCACAUUGAUGCAGUUGCAAAAUUUACAGGUAUUAAGACUGCCAUCCUUGUUGGAGGCAUGGCUGCACAGAAGCAAGAGCGUGUACUGAACCGGAGGCCAGAAAUUGUCAUCGCCACCCCAGGCCGUCUGUGGGAGUUAGUUAAGGAGAGACAUCCCCAUCUCUCAGAUCUUCGGCAGCUCAGGUGCCUUGUGAUCGACGAAGCAGACCGAAUGGUUGAAAGAGGUCAUUUCUUAGAGCUCUCUCAAUUGCUGGAAAUGUUAAAUGAUUCUCAGUAUAACCCUCGACGUCAGACAUUUGUUUUUUCUGCCACGCUGACUUUAGUCCAUCAGGCUCCCACAAGAGUUUUACAGAAGAAGAACGCUAAAAAAAUUGACAAGACGACCAAACUAGAAAUGCUAAUGGAAAAAGUAGGAAUAAGGGGCAAACCCAAGGUGAUAGACUUGACAAGGAAAGAGGCCACCGUUGAGACUCUAACAGAAACCAGAAUCCACUGUGAUACCAAUGAGAAGGACUAUUAUCUCUAUUACUUCCUCCUACAGUAUCCGGGAAGAACCAUGGUCUUUGCGAACAGCAUAGACUGUAUAAAACGCCUCAGUUCUCUUCUCACCAUCUUAAAUUGUGAUCCUCUUCCUUUACAUGCCAACAUGCACCAGAAGCAAAGGCUAAAAAAUCUGGAAAGGUUUGCCGAGCGAGAGACCUGUGUCCUCCUGACAACGGAUGUUGCAGCUCGUGGUCUUGAUAUUCCUAACGUGCAGCAUGUCAUCCAUUACCAGGUUCCUCGUACGUCCGAGUUGUAUGUGCACAGAAGUGGCAGAACAGCCCGAGCGGCCCAUGAAGGCCUGAGCUUGUUAUUGAUUGGUCCUGAUGACUUAGUCAAUUUUAGGAAAAUUUAUAAAACCCUGGAGAAGAGUGAAGAGCUGCCGUUCUUCCCAAUUGAAACCAAGUACCUGACUUCUGUAAAGCAACGGAUGAAUUUGGCACGACAGAUUGAGAAGGUUGAAUUUUUCAACAGUCGGGCAAAGCAGCAUAACUCCUGGCUCCAGCAAGCUGCCGAGGCUCUUGAAAUUGAUCUUGAUGAUGACGACCUUAUGGGAGGAAAAGCUACUGAGCAAGAAGAAAGCCAGAAGCAAAAAAUGCUGAAGGGAAUGAAAAAGCAACUGAAGCAUAUGCUGUCCCAGCCCCUCUUUAAAGUCCUUAUGAAAACCAAGUACCCAACACAGUCUGGAAAACUACUGCUGCCUCAGCCUUCAGUAAGCAGUUCAGAAUCUGCUCUGGGUACCAUAUCAAAACAACAAGCCAAGAAGAAGAAAUCAAUAAAACUAAAUUAAGCAACUGAUCAAGAUCAUCCAGCGUGACGGAAGGUGGGAAAAUCCCUAUCAAGGCUGCUCAUGCUUGUGCAAGAACAUUGGAAGCUAGGCCAGAAAGCAUGUUGUGCUGGAGGAUGAUGCCUGUGCCUGGCAUAGAGCUGAAUGUCAAUGUCACUGAUAUGCAGUUUGUAACUAUUGAUUCUUGUCUCGGGUCUUGGGCAGGGGGAGCAAAGGGUUAUAUUUUCACAGAGGUUUUUGUUUCUUUUCUAUAUCCUGUCUACUAAUAGAGGAAGAUUUGUUUGGAAAUUGUUCUGUUUAUCGGAUUUUUUAUAAGAUGUGUAAAAAGUUAAUGGGCAAAAUUAAUCUCAGGCAUACUCUAGUGGUAUUUUAAUCAUUUUGAAAAAGGGAGGGAGGCUGUAUAUGGGGAUCAGUACAACGUGAGCUGAUGUUAGUGGAGGUUUAUCCUUUACAACAGCCAGGUCAGUGAGAAAAGCAAAUACAGAGAUUACCUUAAUUUAAAUUGUAGGCUUGCUGGUAAUCUGACCCAGUUGUCCUUCUCCCCUGGAAAAACUUUCCCAUUAUGAUAUUAUUUCUCUGUACUGCUCUCCACUUCCAUUCCAAUGUCCAAUUCCAUUAGUCCUGUGUUGAUCCUUUUUUGAACAUGCAAAAAAAUUAAGGCUGGCUGCAGAUCAGGACCGACCUUGGGAGACUUCCAUCUGGAUGCAGACUUCUAAGGAACGGAUGUGGAUACUCAGUUCUCCUGUUAAUUAAUAUUUGGAGUUAAGUCUGCAUUUGAAAAUAUAUUAGAACUACAACCUUUAUUU